AUGGUUAAAAUCGCUCCAUUGAAAGCACUAUUUGAAAACAUAGAAGUCUACUCAGGUUCCAUUAAAAUAUGGUUCAAUGAAAGAAAAAAAAUUCAUAUUGUUUCAGGAAAACCUGUAUUAUUGAUUAAUCUUCAAACAAUUACCGUUUUAACAAAGUAUAUCAAACAAUUCUCCAGAAACAUAUACUUUAGACUAAUUUUGCCAGAUCAAACUCUAAUAACAUUAGAUAAAUAUAUAACUACCAUGUUUUGUUUUGUAGAGAAAAUGUCUAUUGUGGUCAAAUGGAUUUCGUUUGCUAGAGUACUUCAAAGUAUUCCACAAAAAGGGCCAGAUGGAUUUUUCAAAUGCUUAUCAUUAUUAAAACAGUUACUACCUUUUCACAAAAACACAUUGAAAGCAAUUCAAAAUGAUUUUGGCAACUUAAUUCUUUGCAAUAAUUGGGAUGCAGAAUAUCAGCUUCAAAGACAGCUGAAUGAUGAUAAUUCUAUACAUCAUAUAAUCAAUUCUAAAUCUUUUUUUUCACAUUCAUUUUUUCAUACAUUUAAACUAACAACACUAGAAUUGAAUGUUGAAUGGAAUAUAUUUAUCGAAAAGAAACUGAAUAACAACUUUGGAAAUUUGGAAACUUUGAAAUUUCCUACUCAAUUUCCCAGUUUAGUGAGACAAUUUCCCAGUUUAGUGAGAGUCGACUUAGCAGGAAACAAAAUUGCAAAAAUUGAGAACUUAGAUAAAACAAAUAAUAUAAAAGUGCUGGAUUUAUCAGAUAAUAAAAUUGAAGAAAUUGAGACUUUGGACCAGAUGAUAAAUUUAGUUGAUCUCAAUCUAUUCCGGAACAAUAUCCUGAAAAUUGAAAACAUUGAAAAUUUACUUGAUUUAAAUAGUAUUGAUUGA